GGGCCGUAAAGUCGCCAUUUUUGUCCUACCUCUCCGGUUUGUACGUCAAGCCUUUCUUUCUUGGAGCUGGGUUGGAGUUUUUCAAGUGUAGAAUUCCCGUUGAAAAAGUGAUUUUCGGUGAUUGGAAAGUGUGCUGGGGGUUAGUUUGGACCGGGAGGGACAAUUUUCCGGCGGAAAAGCGUGGAUUCCGAGCCCGGUGCGAGGUGAAUUUGUGCGGUUGGAAAAGUUGGCAAAUUGCACCCCUUCCCUCAAGUUUUCUUCCAGAGUGGGAGGAGGGUGACGAAGAAAAGAAGAAGAAAAAUCCCUGUGUUUAUUAAGCCGCAAUGGUGGCCAAUGGCUAAGCGGGGAAUCGGCUGCCUUUCUGUACUGUGAGGAAUUUCUGUUGUUUUUUAAUUCUGUGUGUCGAUUUACGACGACCUGGUGUCGGAUUUCGAAAGGAGAGCAGGAAAUCGGAACGGGGGCAAAAUGAGUGACUCCGACGAUGACAUCAUGGCCGGAUCUCGAAGCAGCCGUCGAUUGCGGCGCAGAACAUCGGGGCCAGUUGCUGCUUCUUCUACUACGUCGGGACCAUCGAGUUCCAGGGGCACCAGAGCCACCAACCGGAGAAGACAGCUGCGGAUUGAUAGCGACCAAUCGUCCGGGGCAGAUAACGGAAGCAGCGACAGUGGAAGCGAAAUUGAACAAUCCGCCCGGAAGAAGAAGGCCAAGAAGUUCGUGGAGGAUGACGGUGGCGAGGCGGGACCAAGUGGAACGCAGCAGCACGUCGUCAACGAUAGCUCCGAGUGGGAAUCCGACUGGAACAGCGAUGAGGAGCAGGCAUUACUGAAUACUGGUGGCCAACAGGCGGCUGCAGCCCUGGUCAGUAAGCUGGGCUACGCUUCGGACUCAUCCACGAGCAGCAACGAAAGCGAAAAAUGUCCCAUCUGUUUGCUGUCGCUGACCGACAAGGAGAUCGGUGUGCCGGAAGUAUGCGAUCAUAUAUUCUGCGCCCGCUGCAUCGAGGAGUGGUCGAAGAAUGUCACCACCUGUCCAAUCGAUCGCAAAAACUUCGAUGUCAUCAACAUCUACAAAAGCGUCGAUCGGAAACAAUUGGUCCGUAAGAACGAAGUCCAGGUGAAGGCGGCGGAUGAAGUCCCACUCGUUGAGGAUCAUGAGCUGACCAAUUGCGAAGUCUGCCGCCGACCGGAUCGGGAAGAUUCGAUGCUGCUGUGCGAUUCGUGCAAUUUGGGUUAUCACAUGGAUUGCCUGAAUCCUCCACUGACGGAAAUCCCCUCCGGAUCGUGGUACUGCGAUUGCUGUUUUGCUUCCGGUUCCGACGAAGACGAUGAAGAGGUUGAAGAUUUGCUAAACGACCUCGACGAGAUCGGAGGAGUUCGUCAAACACGUCUACGCAUGCGUAUCAAUAGUCCUCCAAGGAUUGUCCGUACCAGACAAAGUGAACGCAUUCGUGCAACAAUUCUUACUCGUACUUCAACUGCCGUCAGAUUGAAUGUUAUGGAAGAUCUGGAUCAACCCGGUCCUUCGACUAGAACCAGAAGUGGCACAGUCGGCUCUUCAACUAGAGCGAUUGCAGCGCCGGCAAGAACAGUUCGCAGGCGCCGUAAGCGUCGAACGCGAAGAAAGAUUUUAAGAAUGAUCAUCUCAGAGUACGAUGUGGACAACAACGAUGAGAAGUUUGCUAUCAAAAGAAAGAAGAUAUACAACACUCUUAAAAAGCUAAGCAAGAAACGUUCUAAACGUAAACGUGCAUCUCACAAAAGUAAGACGGCUGAAGUAACGCCCGGUUUGAAUGAAGAAGGAGUAGAUCUACAGCGUCAGCGUUUCAGCACUGGCAUUCCAACGUUGAAGAUCUUUGGAGGAGCCAACGACUUGGAUUACUUCUCUGACGAAAAUGCUGACGAUGACAUUGAGGCGGAUGUUUCGCUUGGUGGUCGAGGCGAAACCGCCGUUUCCAGCAUUCGAGCAACACUUCGGAAUCCUCUGGGACGUAGACGAGUUCUGAAAAGUGGCUUCGAAGCAAGCUCAACUAGUGGAUCGGUUGACUUGCUCGGCAGUAUUAUGGAGAGUCAGGAACGUUGGCAUUCCAAGAACGGGCUGGGAGAUGUCAAAAUCGAUAAUGGUAAAAUUAUCUUCAAGAAUGAUAGCCCUCAAAAGAAAGAUUCGAAUCCUCCAGGAGCUACCCAAGCUGGAAUUGGGAACAACUCGCAAGGCAGCGUUAGUGUACCAGCAUCUAGUACUGGGGCGGCUGAUUCCACAAGUUCCAAUCGUAAUGGGCAAUCUGCCGAAACCGAAAGUGCAUCUGGAUUCGCCGCUACGAGCUCGACAUCGGGAGGAGCAGGUGGUGGCAAUGAGGAAAACACUGACAGCGUCCCAGAUCCAUCGGAUAUGUCCAUCUUUGUUGAUCUGCCACCUCUGAAGAAUCCUGGUGAUGAGGAUGAAGAUGAAAAGAAAAAGAAGAAGGACUCGUUUGACAUGUUUGGAUCGGAACCUAUUCCACUGCCUUCUGCAUCUGCGUCCGCAUCCAAUCUGCCAGCGGUCAAUCCUGCCCCAGAAAGUACUACUGCGGAUGAUGGCCCUGCCCCAGGCACAUCUAAAGGAUUUGGCAAGUUCAAAUACACAAUGACUUCAGAAGCGAAUAACUGCCCGAAUUUUUCGGUUUAUUCAUCGGAAACUCUCCAGUAUGCCAAGACUGGUGGCGAGGAACCGUACGAUCCGUUGGACAGUGAACAAAAAACCGAUGAUGAGUUUGAAGAACGUGACGAGGAUUUGGUUCAGCUGGACGACGAAGAACCUGCAGUGCAGAAGCCACACGAUACUCCCGCUGAACCAGAUCAGGAGCACAUUCCAAACGGAACGGAUAAGCUUCCAGUUGGCGAUCUGGAUCACGAUGCGUUCGAUUCCGAUUCCGAAGACGAGCUGAAAAAGAUUGAAGAAUCAUCCGCUCCCAUUGGCCCCGAACCGGAACCGACCAAUGAACUGGAAGCGUUGACACCGCCUCUCACUACAACCGUGGCUGCUGCUUUGGCCUCCUCAGGGACACAACCUGUCACAACGACUGCUGGACUCCAGUCAGAAACGGUGGUUGUGGGCGAAGCAAGCACAACCACUACCAGCGCUGCUCCGGCUAACUCGGCCCAGGGCGAAGAGGACCGCAGCUACACUCCUUGCCUGGACGAAAAGUACCAGGAGGCUCGCCGAGAACAGGACAAGAGUGGAACAACGCCAACACUUCCGCCACCAUCUCAGAAGGAAGGCAUUGAUGGCAUGGAUACGGAAAUGAUUUCCGAUGAGGAUGAAAAUACCUUCAAGGAAGAUGAAGCCCGGCCAACAUCGGCAUCGAAGCCAUCAUCUUCGGGUGCUAGAAAGAAAGAUCUUACCUUCAAGAAGGUAAACAAGAAAGGAAAGGAACGUAACUAUCGUGACAAAGAAACCAAGAAACGAGACAGGAAUGACAAUGACAAGGAAAAUCACGAUCGCCGUUCGCGAGAGCGCAAUCGCCAGCGUCGUCCCAAGAGGAAGGAACUGGAACGUUAUGAUGUCCGCACGGUGAUUGAGAAACGCCCAAGGGUCAUGAAGGAUCCCUUCGGUAGAGAUGUUACUCCGAGACCCCGUUCCAAGACUCGCAGUCGUAGUCGCACCCGUAGCCGUACUCCGGAACGUCGCAGGGAAUUGUCCAUUUCAUUGAGUCCAGAGCCUCCCCGACGUUUCAACAGACGACGUUCGCCUUCUCCAAGGUUCAGGGGAGGAAGGAAUCGCUCACCGUUGCCGUUCCGUAGAAACGUAUCAAGAUCGGUAUCCAGAGGUCCCAGAAUGCGAUCGGUUAGUAGACAACGAUCGAGAUCUCCGGUUGUUGCACGACCACGCUUGAUUACAAGAUCCAUUUCCAGAACACCUUCCCCUCCUCCACGUGCUCGACUUCCACGGUCUGUUUCGAGAACGCCCAAAUCACGCUCCCGUACACCGGACAUUCGAGGAGCCAAAACAAAGAAGACCAAGAAAAAGAAGCGUCUAGCUUCGGCCAGCAGAAGUCGCAGUCCCAGUGUGGAUCGUGGAAAGAAAAAGAACAAGAAAGGUCGCAAAAAGAAGAACAAACAUCGCAGCCGGUCUCCUGGUGGUAAAAAGAAAAAGACCAGGAGGAGGUCCGCAUCACCCAUGAUGUCUCGAUCUCGCUCGCGAUCGACGUCGAUUCCUCCGGCGCAAACCACCGGAGUUUUGACCGAGAGAUUUGCCAAGGUAAGGCAGCAGAACUCUUGGACUCCUCCGCCACCGGUCAGACCGAAAACAAACGGUACCAAUCUGACGGUAAUUCUAACGAACGAAGAAGCAUUGGCUAAACAAGCAAAGGAACGCGAGCGAAAGCGCAAAGAAGCUAGGCGCCGUGAUCGGGCACGUGACAAAAAUCUACCCUCGAAGGAAGUAUUUACAUCAGGUGAUAAUAUAUUAGUUAGUGUUAGUUUUAACGACAAAAAUUUGAAUAAAGAAAAUGAAGCAGCCGCUGAAGGUGAAGCCGCUGCGAUAACACAAAAGAGAUUGAAAGACAUGGCCAAGAAGCGAGCCGAAGCCGAAAAGGCCAAGCGAAGGCGUUUGGAGCGAUUGAAAAAGACUCGCGGCGAAGCUCCCAAGCCAGUUGUAAUAAUCGACCUCGACAGAUCACCGUUCCGCGUAAUGACGCCUUCGCCCAGAGCGGUAAUUGUCCUAAGUGACAGCGAUAACGAGAAGGAGAAAAACCGUCGGGAAGCCGAGGCAAAUAGAGCUGGUGCGGUUGGCAAUCAGCAAGUUAAUGCAGAAUCUAGUACUAAUGGACCGUCUUCGUCGACGCGAAAAUCUCCUGCCGAACGACACGAAGAAGACAUGUUUGGUCCAAAAACACCUCCUGGCUUCCCGAGCCAACCACAGCCCUCGCAGAGCAAACCUCAGGCGCCAAAGUUUUCCAUGCAAGUCAAAUCGAAAGCUUCGAAUAUUCGUCCUAUGAAUCUCCUGUACGAGCCAGGCGAGCUGGAUGAAGGCAAAACUCCGGAGCGGAUGGAUAAUGCUGAAAGCUCUUACAGUAUGGUUGGCCCAAAUACACCUCCCGAACCGGCUCCACAAUCUCCCUCGCCGGAUGUGUAUGAUCCGUUCGAACCCACGAAAUCUCCUUCUCCGUCGCCGCCACGACGUGACAAUGUCUCGAUUGAGCGCCUUUCUGAUCUGGACGAUGCUGUUCUCCCAUCCAGCAGCGGAAAACCAGACGGCCCCGACUCCGGUACUGUAGGUGACCCGAAGGCUGACUCCCAAAAUCAAGACGAAGCAAUGAAUGGUGAAGCCGAAGCACCCCGAGGCAACAAAAUCACAAUCCUUAGCAACAUUGUCAUUAGUCAACCAACCAAUAGCGUAUCGGGCGUGGUCAGUGGAUCCGGUGUGGUUUCUGCCAGCCAAAACAACGGCGGAGAUGACUCGGAUGUGAUCUUCGAUGACUUUGUGUCAUCUUCGGCCCCGGUUCCCAGCAGUAAUGUUGGUUACAGUAGUGGCAACGCCAAUCAGUCCAACCCCAUUAAAUCCUACAGCACCGCAGCAAACUCAUCGAGCCUGAUCUCGAAACUACCACUGCCACCGGGAGCCACUGCCGGACAGAAGUUCAACGACUUCAUCAACCCUACCGAUUCGCCGUACUCUCCCGGGGCAAGUGAUUUCGACGAUCUGUUCGAAGCGGGCGGCGAGUUGGAUUCUCCCCCUCCCGCACCGGUCAAGCAGUCCUACAAACCCACGAAGAUUCUUUCCAAGGGAGCCAAGAAGGGUGGCGGCGGCACCUUCGAUAACCUGUUUGGUGGUUCGCCUGCGAAUAACUUCAAGCGGGGCAAGAAGAGCGCACACAAGCGGAAAGCCAAGGCGAAGGGUGACGAUGAGGAGGAUCUUUCUAAAUUGUCCACGAAGGAUAGGUUCCUUAAGAAAUUGAACCGACUAGAAAGAGUGGUGGAAGAAGUGAAACUUGUCAUCAAACCGUUCUACAACAAGAAGCAAAUCAACAAGGACGAAUACAAGGACAUUAUGCGACGCGCUGUUCCAAAGAUCUGCCACAGCCGCACAGGGGAAAUCAACCCGAUCAAGAUCCAGAAGCUGAUCAAGGCGUACGUCCGGAAGGUUCGCGGCAGGCGACGAUUGGCCAAGAAAGGCGGUCUUCCCGGUGGACCCGGUCCGCUGAUGGCGCCCGGUGCAGCGAAUCCGAUUCUCAUCUAAGCGUGGCUACGCGAAGAAAGUUUCUGCACCAGUACUUCGAGGAGAAGCAAAGGGUUUCCCCUUCUUUCCGUAACUCCAGCAGCAAUAUAAUCCAACCCCAUCAAACAAACCGAACACACUCAAUCAUACACAGCAACACAUACCCUAUUCCCGUACUGACUCCACGGGAUGGUAGCAUGAAGAAACAGUGCAAGCAAGUGAAAAAUUUGGUAAAAGUUUCCGUUUUUACUUUAUUUUUAAUCUCGCGAGGCGAACAUUUUGAUGAAAGGGGAAAAUGUAAAGGCUAGGCAGUACAGUCUUGAUGCAUCCGAUCGCGUUUGCGUCCGUUCAGUGGAAGAUUGCAUGAAAUCUUGUGAACAGAUUUUUCUCCUGUUGUAGAAAACUGACACUUUUAGGCAAGAGGACAAAUGCAAAUGAUUGUUUAAAAAAAUAAUUGAACAAAAUUAUUGAAUAAUGUGAAGAACAAGCAUCUACUUGAAGCGUAAGAAUUCCUUAUCGAAUGAAACGACUAGUUUUUUUUUUGUUGUAUAGAGUUAAGUAAAAAUUAGAACACAAGAUCAUGCAUCAAAUUCACUCAUAAUUGUGGUAGAAAGUUGCUACACAAGAAAGUCUAGUAAAAAAGGGUAUUUAUAACAAUUAUCAUAAUAAAUAUUUAUUGAAUAUACAACAAUUACUAGAGUUAAAUGUAAGUCGAGUAGAUUGUGCUAAUUAUAGAGAAUAUUCUCUUAUUAAGGUACAGUAUCCGUGUAAAGUUUGUCCAAUUACAAUCUAGCUAUUGUCUGAAGCUAACUAAAUUCACAAAGCCCUGUUUGUUAUUCCUUCGAUAUGGUCUUCUGAACAUCAAAGGCUCCGAAGAGCCGACUGGAAUGUGCUAUUCCAGAGGGCAACACGUGCAAAUAUAAAAAAGAUCUUUUCCACAGUCGUAUUGAACCACCCUUGCUUGACGUGCUACUCAGCGUCAUUCAUUCAUUUUGAUCCGUAAUCACACAGAGUCUUCACCAAGCAAACGGCCGGCAGUUGGUAAAUCUGUCGAAGUUAAGCCUACUUAUUACAGUAGAUGAACAACAAGCUACCAAUUCACACAUCCCAUGCGAACGCGUCCGUUGAUAGAUCCAACUGACUAAAACAGCCGUCGUAGGGUUUAGGCGUAAGGUUUAGCCUAUCUAAUACUACUACCUACUACAAUUAAAAGUGAGUAAUUUUAAAUUUGUAGUAUUGCCUAUGAGGAACAUAUGAAUUCAUCUAAAUACACAACAGAGGAAAUGCUAAAUAAAAAUACAUAGUUUAAGAAUA